CAACAUCACGUUGCGACUUUGGACAGAAUACCGUUGUACCAAGCAGAUUGGGUAUAGAAAAGAGAGAAGAAGCAUGUCAAACUAUUCGCGCCCGCUCCCGACGCAUCCCCGCAACCAGUCCAUGGGCGGCUCGCAACAAUAUUCUCCUGUGCUACUGGCGCGCAUUGCAGAGAAGAAGGCCGAACUCGCAAACCUCAAAGACCUGCAAAUGCUGAGUGGAGGUUUGGCGGACCAGAUGCAAAUGUUGGCCGAGAAGCUCCAAACUCUUUCAGAUGGUACAGAAGCCGUCGCGGCAGUCCUCUCAAACUGGCACAACGUCCUUCGCGCAAUAAACAUGGCAUCCACAAAACUUCCCAAGCCCAAAGAAGAACCACAAGAAGAUUUGGAGAAAGAUACCGAGCCCAUACCACCACUGCCUCAAACACUAGUCCGCAUCCCUACACAGCACGCCCCUGCGCUCAUGGAGCAAGCCAGCGCAGCAGCUGCAACUGAAUGAGCGAGCGUGCAAGCGAGACGUGUUUUCUGACGCCGCGGGGCAUGCACCGAAUGGAAUGCGGAAGAAGAGCUGGACGAAGCGACUGGCUACGGCUAAUAUCGAGCGCCCUCCGAUUCGCGAGAAGCAGUGAUCGCUGGAGAUUUGAAUGCAUACGAGGGAAUUAUGCACUCCGGCCCAACGAUAAGGUACAGGUGAAGUUAGUCCGGACAUAUGAAAAUCUUUCAGGACAUCAAGCUGUGACUGGAAGAAAAGACUUUGCAUCAGGCAUGGAAGUGGAGUAGGAGGUAACAGUGAUUGAUAUGCUAGUAUAGGGUGAUUUGCGAGAGUGCAGAUGCAAUGCAUCUUGCUACAUAAUUCCCAAUCGCGUGGAUUGCCCACUGCAGUGAUGCGUCUACUAUCUAGCAUCGAGACAUUGAUGCGCCAGUUUUAGACUGUUUAAGUCUGUCCGUUCCGCUGUGCAAGUAAUGAUUUGGUGUUUUUUUUUU